AUGCAGCGGUGGUUCCACAAGCUCCUUAACACCAAGUCGCCGACCAUCGACCUGCAUGCGACCGACAGAGUCAAGCAGUGGCCCACGUGCGUUCCGCUCGACGACAUCCCGUCUCUAUUCGAGGUUGAGGAGGCGGUGCGGGGAAUGGCCAACAGGAAGGCCGUCGGGCCGGACGACCUACCGGCUGAGCUGAUCAAGCUGUUCCUGGAUGGAGACCGAGGCUUCCUCCGCGAAUUCCACGCCAUCGUCGUGGACGUGUGGCAGACGGGGAACGUACCGCAGCAGUGGAAGGACGCCACCAUCAAGGUUCUGUUCAAGAAGGGGGACACGAUGGAGUGCGGCAACUACCGGGGCAUCUCUCUCGUUGCACACGCCGGCAAGGUGCUGCUUAAGGUCGUUGCAACACGCCUAAGCCACUACUGCGAGCGAGAGGGCAUCCUCCCGGAGGAGCAGAGCGGUUUCCGCCCACACCGGUCGACGCUCGACAUGCUGUUCGCGAUCCAGCGGCUCCAUGAGCUCGCGAGGAAGAAGAGUACUGCGGU